UUAGCCGGAACACGUCAGGCUUUGUGACCCAGUGGAUCUCCAGCAGGCAGUAGCAGGAGAUUUCCUACUCUCUCCCCCCCCCCUUUCCUUCCUUACACGCACACACACACACACACACAGGGCGCUCUUCCCGAACACACUUCCCUGCAUUACCCAAUGAAGCGAGAAGAAGAAGAGCGCAUCCCGUUGAUGGUUUUACAGCCCGAAACCGACGGGAGGAAGCGCCGUCCCUUGAAUCGCAGAAGCAGCCGAUCUGCCUCCACCCAGAGUCCCUUCUGGUCUCUUGCCUACAAGUAGCCCCAGCCGGCCCCCCCACGGAUUUCAAGGAUUUAGGAUCCGUCACCAGAGACAUUGCACAGUGGGGGAAGAGUGUCCUUGGCGUGAUCAUCACUGCAAGUGACAGGCCAAGCCAGUGAGGAAAUGGUUGCUGACUGUGGCUGAAUCCACAGCUGCCAGAAUAUGCAGCCCAGGGGCCUUCCUGGCAGUGCAAAGGCAGCGGACUGCGCCAAGGAGCUGAUCACCACGUUGUGCACGGGGGUUGUGGCCGGGAGGCAUGGUGACAACUUUCAAGAUUGCCGUGCUGGGUGCUCAAGGGGUCGGGAAGAGUGCCAUUGUCCACCAGUUCCUGUACAACGAGUUCAGCGAGGUCUGUGUCCCCACCAAGGCCCGCCGUGUCUACCUACCUGCCGUGGUCAUGAAUGGCCAUGUUCACGACCUUCAGAUCAUGGACUUCCCGCCUAUCGCCUCUUUCCCUGUAAAUACCCUGCAGGAGUGGGCGGACGUGUGCUGCCGAGGCCUCCGGAGUGUUCAUGCCUACAUCUUGGUCUAUGACAUCUGUUGUUUUGACAGCUUUGAGUAUGUCAAAACCAUUAGGCAGCAGAUCCUAGAAACAAGAGUCAUUGGAACCUCAGAUACUCCCAUCAUCAUUGUUGGGAACAAGCGGGACCUCCAGAAAGGCCGGGUCAUCCCCCGCUGGAAUGUCUCCAACCUUGUGAAGAAGACAUGGAAGUGCGGUUACAUUGAGUGCUCAGCCAAAUACAACUGGCAUAUCCUCUUGCUCUUCAGCGAACUUCUGAAGAGUGUGGGCUGUGCACGAUGUAAGCACGUUCACACUGCCAUCCGCUUCCAGGGGGCCCUACGGAGGAACCGAUGCACCAUUAUGUGAAACCUUAAGGACCUGCUAACCCCACCACCAUCUCUGAGGGCAGCUUCUCCCCCACUCGCCUGCCAUGUGCAUGGGAACCCUUCUUCUUCUUCUUUUUUUUAAUCCGGAUUCAGAUGGGGUAGAAGUUCUUAACAAGCAGCUCUAUCCUCAAAGGAAGCCACAGCCCUUAGCCUCAUUGAGGCCAGCUGGUUUUUGAUUUUAUUUUAUUUUUUCUUGCUGAUCCUUGAAGCAAUGGAUGUGUUGAGGAGGUUUGCUUCUUGAUACAUAGAGGAGUCCUUCUGGUUUGGAUCAUAGGCCAGGAGGUGCUGAAGUCUACAGAUGGAGCAAAAAUGCAGAAGGUCAACCUGAAGAAGGGGAAUGCAUCUAGUUCACUCUCUUGCAGCCAGUAUAUUAAUCUACCAAAUGUGGGAUCAGUGAAUAUUGUGUGAAUAAUGCAAUGCAAAUUAAGAGGAGCAAAUGGCCCCUUGAUACAGAACUAGGCAACCAGCCCAAUGGGGAUGGGCAAUCUUUGGCCCUCCAGAUGUUGCUAAACUGCAAUUUAGCAGUCUUAAGUGGUAAUGCAAGAAGAGCAUAAUGCUGGCUGUUCUAAUUCGGCAACAUCUAGAGGCCCACAGAGCACCCAUUCUUAUACCAGGACCAUGUAAUGCAAGAUCACGUGCAUCCUGGCUCAGAACCACGAUGGGAUAUUUCAGGAGGAAAGAGUAGAGCAGGGGUCUCCAAUCUUGCCAACUUUAAGACUUGUGGACUUCAACUCCCAGCAAAGCUGGCUGAGGAACUCUGAGAGUUGAAGUCCAAAAGUCUUAAAGUUGUCAAGAUUGGGGACCCCUGGAAUAGAGAAUGAGUGGGUAAAAAGAGUUGAACAAGUGAGCCAAGAAAAGCCAGCAUAGAUAGGACUGGUAAGGAUUAGUAAGGGUAACUGAACUGAAAGAAUGGCAUCUCUCAGGUCAUAUGUACGUUGAGAUUGUAGAUCCGCUUGAUGUAUUUUACAGUACAUGUUUAUAGAGAGAGGAGAAGCAUUUCAGCCUGGGCAUAAAGUAAACUGGAUUUGCCACCAAACUUCAGAAGUUCUGAUGAUGUGAUAACAUGAGUCCGUGAGAUCUAAUUUGCUUAUAUUUACACCUUUUUCCAGGUGCACACAAACCAUCUAUGUACACUUAAAAAUCCGACUAUACACUUCUGGCUCCUCUGGUGUUGCUGAACUACAACUCCCACAUGCCUCACUAUUGUCCACGCUGACCGGAAGAUGUAGAUCAACUAUGUAUUCCUGCCCUUGUUAAGGCUUCUAUCAUUGGCCACGGUAGCAGAGGCUAAUGGGCAAUAAGGUUCAGCCACAUGGUCACAGGUGUCAACCUUUGUCAUAAAAAAUGAUGUAGCCUUGUUAUUUUGAUUACACUUGAUAACAACCAUGGUGCACAAGUCCCAAAGGUGCUUUUUCCAAAAGCAACUGGACUUUGUUUUUCCUUGAAGGUGUUUCGUUCCUCAUCCAAGAAGCCAGCUGUCUUUUGAAAAAGCACCUUUGGGAUAACCAUAACCUGGAUGACUGAGAAUCUCCAUAGACACGGUGCACAAAGAGUUAGUUAGAAAUUGAGACUUGGGGGAAGGGCUGCUCAUUUGGGGGAGAGGAAGAUCUCCUCCCCCUACUCUUAGCUUAAUGGCCAUUAACUGUAGAACCCUCCAACCCAUUCUGUUUAAAUGCCAACUUGUUCACAUUUCCCCUGUCCAUGAUCAUUGAGAGCGUAGCUUACCCACAUAUCUUCCAAAUAAUAGAAAAACACCAGGGAAGUGGAGAAAAUCCCAGACAUUGGAGCACAGCCAAGAAGGAUCUCCCUCCAAACACACUUGAGACUCUUAGUUGAGACAGACCUAGGAGAAAAUUCCUUAUAGAACCGCCAGUAUGGAAGUGUCAUCUUCAGGCUGGCUGUCUUGACACCUUCAGACUUCAUGGGGAGAUAUUCUCCUAAGAGAGAAGAGUUCUUGUACGUGCAUGGAAGAGAAGGUCCUAGGCAAGCCUCCUCAAGAUGCUACUUUCUACGUGCAUUAAAACACACACACACACACACACACACACACACACACAACAGCAAAUCAUUCUGCCAUACGUGGCAUAGUCCUGGCUGACAGGUUUGCCCACAGAGGCUUUGACCAAUACAGUUUUUCCCGGCAGAUACCUCUUUAAAGAAAUCAGCUUUAGAACGAUCUGUUUGGUCUUCAUGCUAAUUUAUAGAUGGUUUGUUUUCUGAUAAUUACAAAUAAAGAGGCUGACUGGUUUUGC